AUGCUGUCAGACAAGCUGCUAGAUCUAUUCGCCCUCCACAAAACGGAGGAAGCUCUGACCAAUGUCAAUCUCUACAAGCUCUUGGUCUUCACUCUCGCCCUAGUACUCAUCGCAAUCAUCAUCGACUAUGGCUACAUGCUAUGGCUUCGCUCCAAGAUGCCUCCGGGCCCCUUCCCGUGGCCCAUCAUAGGCAACACCUUCUCUUUACCAGAGAACAAGCCAUGGAUUUAUUUCGAAGAGCUCUCCAAGAAGUAUGAGACGCCACUGAUCACCUUUUGGAUAGGCCGUAACCCAACAAUCUGGAUCAACGACGCCUGGUGCGCCCACGAAAUCCUCGAAAAGAAAGCGCAGAUCUACGCCUCCCGCCCCCGCAUGGUCGUCUUCGGCGAACUCGGCACCGGCCAAAACAACCUUGUUACCAUGCGCAUCCUGAACAACAAUGACCGCGACCACUGGCGGAUUCACCGCAAGUUGAUGCACCUGGGUGUCGGCAUCCAGUCCGUCCGGGGGUAUCGAGAGAUCCAGAACAACGAGAGCAAAGUCGUUGCCUUGGAUUACUUGCGUGAGCCAAAGGAAUAUGUCAAGCAUUUGGAGCGGUACGCGACCAGUGUUGUCAGUAUCAUUGCGUUUGGGAGGAGGGUAGCGAGUUACAAUGACCCGAUUAUCACGGAGGUGAUUGCGUUGAUGCAGUUAGCUGCUGAUUUGAAUGUGCCGGGGAAGAGGUUUCCCAUGUUGCUUGAAACUUUUCCUUUCCUCGCCCGCUUCCCCCGCUGGCUCCCCUUCUUCCGCGGCACCAACUACCGCAGCGGCGGCCGCAGCGGCCAAAAAGGCGGGGGUGGGCACUACUUCUUCCACUCCCUCGCCCUCGAAGCCCUCGCCCAAUACGAAUCCAAGUCCCCCCUCGCCAAAGCCUCCAUGCCCACCCCCUACAUCAAAACCCUCAUGGACGCCUCCCGCCAAUACUCCCUUCCCGAAUCCGAGCUCUCCUCCCUUACGGGUAACCUCUUCGGCGCCGGCUCCGACACCUCCUCCUCAACCCUCAUCACCUUCAUGCUCUCCUGCCUUGCCUUCCCCGACGCCAUGCACAAAGCCCAAUCGGAACUCGACCGCGUCCUUGGCCCCGCUGGCCGCUCUCCCCACUGGGACGACGCGCCCAAUUUACCCUACAUUAACGCCUACGUGAAGGAAGUCCUCCGUUGGCGCUCCGUCGCUAUCAUCGGCGGCCAACCGCACUCUAAUACCUCACCAGACUAUUACAAAGGGUACUUCAUCCCGCCGCAUAGCUGGGUGCAGGGCAACGUGUGGGCCAUCCACCACCAUGAGCGCGAGUUCCCGGACCCAGACAGGUUUUAUCCGGAUCGGUAUCUGCCGGGGAAUGAUCACCACCGACCGUUUCCGGGAGAAAAGGGGUACAUGACGUUUGGAUGGGGACGAAGGGUUUGUUCGGGGCAGGCGCUGGCGGAGCAGGGGACGUGGAUUACGGUGGCGAGACUGUUGUGGGGGUUUACGAUUGAAAAGUAUAGAGACCCGGAGACGGGGAAGGAGGAGGAGGUGGAUAUCUUUGCGUAUACGAAUGGGUUGAAUAUGCGACCGCAGCCGUUUCGGUGUGAGAUUGUACCGAGAAGUGAGGAGAUUAGGAAGAUGGUGGUCAGGGAGGGGGAGCAGGCGUUGAGGGAUCUGAAAGUGUUCGAUGGGGAGAGUAGGUAUCGGAUGAGCACGUUUUACCAGCAGAAAAAGAGGGAGGUGGCGGAGAUGCCCGAGUUUGAUGAAAAGGGGAAUAUCAAGAUGGUGAAGGUGAAGUGA